AUUUUCAUGAUAGCAAGGGUAUAAAUGAAUCUCCCAUAUUAUCCUUUUUUAAGUAGCUCAUUUUCGUGAUAGCAAGGGUGUAAAUGAGAGAUAUUACUAUUUGCUCAAUAUUGGCCAAGCUCUGCUAGUGCGGCGCUACGUUGAUCGUGCCUUAAGACAGAGUUUCUUGGAAAAAUUGAUGAUUAAACUGGUUGCAAUUAUGGAAUUCGGUGUUAUGCUGAGCAUGACCAUUUACACAUUAGCGAGCAUGCUUGGUAUUGUCUUCAAUGGAAUUCUUAUCUGCUUAAUCUUAUGUCAAACACCUCGAAGCCUCAAAACAUACUCAAAUCUAAUACUCAACUUGGCCUUAUGCGAUUUCGUGUGCUGCAUCUUUGUAUUUUUGUCGCAAGAUCGCAUUAUUCCUGCUGCGGAAAGUGUAAUAUUUAUCGCAAAUGGACCCUGUCGUUUUAUCAGCCCUGAAUUUUGCUAUCAAAGUUGUUAAUA